AUGGCCACUGCACCAGAAGAGGCAGAAAAUACCAUCGGUCUGGAGGAAAUCCACAUGGAGAGACAAGAACCCUCAAAAGGACAGAAGACAUAUACAGUGGAAGAAGCUGUGGAAACCAUUGGGUUCGGCAGGUUCCACAUUGUGCUUUUCCUGAUCAUGGGCAGCACUGGGGUGGCUGAAGCCAUGGAGAUCAUGCUAAUAGCUGUUGUGUCCCCUCUCAUCCGAUGUGAGUGGCAGCUUCAAGACUGGCAGGUGGCUUUAGUGACAACGAUGGUGUUUUUUGGCUACAUGGUCUUCAGCAUAGUGCUCGGGCUGCUGGCCGACAGGUAUGGCCGCUGGAAGAUUCUGCUGCUCUCAUUCCUCUGGGCAGCCUAUUUCUCCCUGCUGACCUCCUUUGCCCCAUCCUACAUCUGGUUCGUGUUCUUGCGGGCCAUGGUAGGAGGUGGCGUGUCGGGCCACGCACAAGGGCUUAUCAUAAAAACGGAAUUUUUGCCCACCAAAUACAGAGGAUACAUGUUGCCCUUAUCUCAGGUGUUUUGGUUGGCAGGAUCCAUGUUAAUCAUUGGCCUGGCAUCGGUGGUGAACCCAACCAUCGGCUGGCGGUGGCUGAUCAGAAUCGCCUCCAUCCCCGGCAUACUUCUCAUCCUGGUGUUCAAGUUCAUCCCAGAGUCGGCGCGGUACAACAUAUCCACGGGGAAUGUGGCGGCUGCUCUGGCCACGCUGCAGAGGAUAGCCAAGAUGAACGGGGCGGUGAUGCCUGAGGGGGUGCUGAGGGAGCCUGCCAAG